AUGCCUGUAGGUCCGGAACGUAUACGCAUAACACCAGCUGACAACUAUCAUAAGACACAGAAUGGUAUAGGAACAUAUCAAAUACAAUUGUGUAAAAGCAAUGUUAAUACACAAGCUGUCAAAACCUAUUUUACUGAUGUAUUACGUGUACAACCUACACCUCCCUGUGCAAGUAAAUCAGCAGAUUAUGUACCAUCUGUCUUAAUUGAAAACCUUAUUCAAUCGUCAAAAACACAACCUGAACAAUCCAGAACUCUGAUAGAUAAUCAUCACGACAAAAUUAAAACUCAUGUGGAGGAAACUGUUAAAUCAAUUGAUAAUCAUCAUGAACGAAUUGACAACCAUUCAAAACAAUUAGAUAAACACAAGAAUAUUCUAAAGUUUGUCUAUCCGUCUUUUCAUUGGUAUUGGUAG